AAUCUGCUGCGCUCGAGAGCUUCAGGCUCUAAGCCUAGGAUUGGAUGUCUCUCAUUCAGACCGAGCUUCUGUGUUUUGGAGCUUCAUGAUAGAAAAAAAAAAAUGUUGUAGUGGGACGUGUUAGGGUUUAUUUAUUUCAUAUAUGACAUGCUCUAAGACAACAGAGGACAAACAAACGGGAAGAAAUAAUCGCGAUUUCCACCUUUGGUUUUUCUUCUUGCUUUAUUUUGCUCUAAACAGCUGCAACGCCCACAAAGUAGAGGAAUUAUUUUACCUGGCUUUUUAAAGAAAAAAAUAAAAAAAAGAAAAACAACGGAAAGCUUAAUCCGGAGGGAGGAAGAAAAAAGUUUCCCCGAGGGAGGAAUUCCACGCCGGUUGUCUGUGGGUUUGCUCCGAUUCCAGUGGGUGACACUUCCAGAGCCAGCCAAAUGUCAUUGCUGAAUUGUUUUGAUCACGUUUCUGCUGCUUUACUUAAGAGGCCACACGAAUAUAAGUACAUUGUGCUUACGCUACAGCAGCAGGGUUCUGGGAUUCAAUUUUAAGAAGAUCUUGAAGCAGCUUCUUUUUAUUUUUUUUCACAAGCAUAAGACAAGCAACAGCAAUGGAUAUAAAGGAUCGAAAGCAUCGUUCCUUAACGAGAGGACGUUGUGGGAAGGAGUUUCACUAUACGAGUUCCUCUCUCGAUAGCGAGGACUGCCGGGUCCCUACACAGAAAUCCUACAGCUCCAGUGAAACCCUCAAGGCAUAUGACCACGACUCCAGACUUCACUACGGCGGCCGUGUCACCGACUUAGUGCACCGGGAGUCCGAUGAGUACCCCAGACAAGGUAAUUUUACACUGGCUGAACUGGGGAUCUGUGAGCCCACUCCACACCGCAGUGGUUUCUGUUCUGAUAUUGGACUGUUGCCUCGCGGAUAUUCACUCAGCGUGGGCUCUGAUGUUGACUCGGACACAGAGGGUGCCAUGUCUCCUGAGCACGCUAUUAGGCUCUGGGGAAGAGGAAUAAAGUCACGGCGCAGUUCUGGCCUUUCAAGCCGGGAGAAUUCUGCUCUCACCCUGACUGAUUCCGAAAAUGAAAACAAAUCUGAUGAUGAAUCAGAUUUCGGAAGAAAUUAUGUUGUGGAAUUAAAUGGCAUCCAUUACUCAAGCGGCAGCACAAACACGCAGAAGAGUAAAGGUCGUCCCAUUCCACCCACACCCUCGUCCAGCCUCCUCCCUUCUGCCCCACCACCCACGGGCUCCCUCCACCAGCAUCCUCCACCAGCUGGCGUUAGAGACUGCCAGAUGUCAUUACUAGACAGCAACGCCUCCCAUCCCAUCCUGGACUCUAACCCUGAUGAGGAGUUCUCCCCGAACACAUACCUGCUGAGGCCGUGUGUCGGGCCUCAGCCAGCCUCGGGUGGCGGUCCUCCGAACCACCACAGCCAGUCGACCCUGAGGCCGCCUCUGCCGCCGCCUCACAACCAUCAGACGCUGUCCCAUCAUCAUUCUUCUGCCAACUCUCUGAACAGAAACUCCCUGACCAACCGACGGAAUCAAAUCCACACCCCAGCCUCGGCACCCAACGAUGUGCCCACAACUCCAGAGUCUGUCCAGCUGCAGGAUAGCUGGGUGCUUAACAGCAAUGUGCCUCUUGAGACCAGGCACUUCCUCUUUAAGACGUCUUCAGGGACGACGCCUCUGUUCAGCAGCUCGUCCCCUGGCUAUCCUCUGACUUCUGGGACAGUGUACUCCCCGCCGCCACGACUCCUGCCCAGAAACACCUUCUCCCGAAAUGCAUUCAAGCUAAAGAAACCAUCCAAGUACUGCAGUUGGAAAUGCGCUGCCCUCUCGGCCAUUGCUGCCGCCAUUGUGCUGGCUAUUUUGCUUUCAUACUUCAUAGCAAUGAACCUGCUAGGACUGAACUGGCAGCUACAGCCGGCUGACGGUCAUAUCAUCAACAAUGGAUUGAGUACAGGGUUACCAGGCAACAGUGAUGUGGCAACAGUGCCAUCUGGAGGCAGAGGUCCUUGGAGUUUUCGGAACAGCAGCAUUGACACUGGCAAUCUGGAAGUGGGCCGAAGAGUGACCCAGGAAAUCCCUCCUGGGGUCUUCUGGAGGUUACUGCUGCAUCUAAAUCAACCCCAGUUUCUGAAGUUCAACAUUUCAUUAGGGAAGGAUGCACUGUUUGGGGUGUACAUUCGCAAAGGACUGCCACCGUCACACGCUCAGUACGACUAUAUGGAGCGGCUGGACGGGAAGGAGAAGUGGAGUGUAGUGGAGUCUCCUCGUGAGCGACGCAGUAUCCAGACGGUGGUCCUGAAUGAAGCGGUUUUCGUUCAAUAUUUGGAUACGGGAUCCUGGCAUUUGGCAUUCUAUAAUGAUGGAAAGGAUAAGGAGGCCGUGUCGUUCAGCACUGCUAUUUUAGAGUCUGUGCAAGAAUGUCCCAGGAAUUGUCACAGCAAUGGAGAAUGUGUCUCUGGAGUCUGUCACUGUUUUCCAGGAUUCCAUGGGGCAGAUUGCUCAAAAGCUGCCUGCCCCGUCCUGUGUAGUGGUAAUGGUCAGUACUCCAAAGGAGCUUGUAUCUGUUACAGCGGCUGGAAGGGACCAGAAUGUGAUGUUCCUCUCAACCAGUGUAUUGACCCCAACUGCGGAGGACAUGGCUCCUGCAAUGAUGGCACCUGCACCUGCACUUUGGGAUACAAAGGAGAGAGUUGUGAGGAAGUGGACUGCUUGGACCCUACGUGCUCAAACCAUGGCGUGUGCGUAAAUGGAGAGUGUCACUGCAGCCCCGGCUGGGGUGGUCUUAACUGCGAACUGCCCAGGGCUCAGUGCCCCGAUCAGUGCAAUGGUCAUGGGACUUUCAUUCCUGACACGGGACUCUGCAGCUGCGACCCAAACUGGAUGGGGCCUGACUGCUCUGUGGAGGUGUGUUCAGUGGACUGUGGCACUCAUGGUGUCUGUAUGAAUGGAGCAUGCCGUUGUGAAGAAGGUUGGACUGGCAUUGCAUGUGAUCAGCGGGUCUGUCACCCCCGCUGUGUAGAGCAUGGGACCUGCAAAGAUGGAAAGUGUGAAUGCAGAGAGGGCUGGAAUGGAGAACACUGCACCAUCGAUGGCUGCCCUGAUCUGUGCAAUGGCAAUGGGAAAUGCACCCUCGGUCAAAACAGCUGGCACUGUGUCUGUCAGACCGGCUGGAGAGGGUCUGGAUGCAAUGUUGCCAUGGAAACCUCUUGUGCUGAUAACAAGGAUAAUGAGGGAGAUGGCCUCAUUGACUGUAUGGACCCAGACUGUUGUCUCCAAAUCCCUUGCCAAUCCAACCCACUGUGCCGGGGCUCACGUGAUCCUCUUCAGAUCAUUCAGCAGAGCAAGUCGCCCUCGCAGAAAGUGAAGUCGUUCUAUGACAGGGUGAAGAUGUUAGUCGGCCGGGACAGCACUCACAUCAUUCCUGCAGACAACCCCUUUAAUGCCAGCUUGGCAUCCUUGAUUAGAGGACAGGUUUUAACCACAGAUGGCACUCCGCUGGUUGGAGUCAAUGUUUCCUUUAUGAAGUACCCGCAGUAUGGAUACACAUUAACUCGCCAGGAUGGCACGUUUGAUUUGAUUGCAAACGGAGGGGCCUCCCUGACGCUUCAUUUUGAGCGGGCUCCAUUUAUGAGUCAAGAGCGCACCGUGUGGCUACCUUGGAACAGUUUCUAUGCUAUGGACACCAUGGUGAUGAAGACUGAGGAAAACUCCAUCCCGAGCUGUGAUCUAAGUGGCUUUGUGCGGCCAGACCCCAUCAUUAUCUCCUCUCCACUGUCUUCGUUCUUCAGUUCCAGGCCUGGACAAAGCCCCAUUGUUCCAGAAACUCAAGUUCUUCAUGAACAGAUCGAGAUCCCUGGCACCAGCCUUAAACUUAGCUACCUAAGUUCUCGUAGUCCAGGAUACAAGUCCUUGCUGAAGAUCGUCAUGACCCAAUCUGUGGUGCCUCUGAAUCUGAAUAAAGUUCACCUGAUGGUGGCCGUGGAGGGUCAUCUCUUCCAGAAGUGGUUCCAUGCGUCCCCAAACUUGGCCUACACCUUCAUCUGGGACAAAACCGAUGCUUAUGGCCAAAUCGUCUAUGGUCUCUCUGAAGCUGUUGUGUCUGUUGGCUUUGAGUACGAAACCUGCCUGAGUCUCAUUCAGUGGGAGAAGAGGACGGCAAUCCUCCAAGGCUAUGAACUGGAGCCCUCCAUUCUUGGUGGCUGGUCGCUUGAUAAGCACCAUAUACUCAAUGUCAAAAGUGGAAUCCUUCAUAAAGGAAACGGUGAAAAUCUGUUUUUGUCCCAGCAGCCAGCAGUGAUCACAAGCAUCAUGGGUAAUGGCAGGAGACGCAGUAUCUCCUGCCCUAGUUGUAAUGGCCUUGCUGAUGGCAACAAGCUGCUCUCUCCUGUGGCCCUUGCUGUGGGGAUCGACGGCAGUCUCUUUAUUGGGGAUUUUAACUUCGUGAGGAGAGUUUUUCCUUCGAUGAAUGUCACAAGCAUUUUUGAGCUCAGAAAUAAGGAUUUCAGACACAGUAACAAUCCAUCCCAUAAAUAUUUCCUGGCUGUUGAUCCGGUCACAGGAGCUCUGUACCUCUCCGACACCAACAGCCGGCGCAUCUACCGUAUCAAGUCCUUAACAGGUAGCAAACAACUGUCAGAAAACUCAGAGGUGGUGGCCGGAACGGGAGAACAAUGCCUGCCAUUUGAUGAAGCCCGCUGUGGAGAUGGUGGCAAGGCAGUGGAGGCCACUCUCAUGAGUCCCAGAGGAAUCGCCGUUGAUAAGAAUGGGUUAAUGUAUUUUGUGGAUGCCACAAUGAUUCGGAAGGUGGAUCAGAACGGAAUCAUCUCAACCCUUCUGGGAUCCAACGACCUGACUUCUGUUCGGCCCCUCAGCUGUGACUCCAGCAUGGAUGUAAGCCAGGUACGUCUGGAAUGGCCAACAGAUCUUGCCAUCAACCCUAUGGAUAACUCUCUCUAUGUGCUUGAGAAUAAUGUGAUUCUGCGCAUCACCGAGAAUCAUCAGGUCAGCAUCAUUGCUGGGCGGCCAAUGCACUGCCAAGUUCCUGGUAUCGACUACUCCUUGAGCAAGCUGGCCAUACACUCAGCUCUGGAAUCUGCCACCUCCAUUGCCAUCUCUCACACGGGUGUGCUGUACAUUACCGAAACCGAUGACAAGAAAAUGAACCGCGUGCGCCAAGUCUCCGCCAAUGGGGAAAUUUCACUGCUGGCUGGGGCCACCUCUGAAUGUGAUUGCAAAAAUGAUGUGAACUGCAACUGUUUCAGCGGUGAUGAUGGCUAUGCCACAGAUGCAUAUCUCAACUCCCCUUCCUCUUUGGCUGUCUCCCCAGAUGGCACUCUGUAUAUUGCUGACAUGAAUAACAUCAGAAUUAGAGCGGUCAGGCAAAAUCGUCCCAUUCUGAAUGCAGUCAGCCAGUAUGAAGUGGCAUCUCCGAGAGAGCAAGAAAUGUAUGUCUUCAACUCGGAUGGAAUCCACCAGUACACGCUGAGUCUCAUCACCGGCCAGGCUCUGUACAAUUUCACCUAUGGCCCUGACAACACUACCGUGUUAGGUGUGGUGGACAACUGCAAUAACAGCCUCCGGGUGAGAAGGGAUUCUAAUGGCACACCACGCCACUUGCUUCUGUCAGACAACCAGACGAUCACCUUGACAGUAAGCAACAGUGGGGGGCUGAAAUCUGUCUCGGUGCAAAACCUGGAGCUGGCGUUUAUGACAUACGAGAGUGCAAGUGGCCUGCUAGCAACAAAGUCUGAUGAGACGGGAUGGACGACCUUCUACGAGUAUGACAGUGAGGGACGUUUGACCAACGUAACAUCCCCAACUGGCCUAGUGACAAGUUUACAUCGUGAAAUGGAGAAAUCGAUCAAUAUCGAUAUCGAGAACUCCAACAGAGAUGACGAUGUUACGGUCAUCACUAAUCUGUCUUCUGUUGAGGCAUCCUAUACUGUUGUUCAAGAUCAAGUAAGAAACAGCUACCAGCUGUGCAACAAUGGGACGCUGCGUGUGAUGUAUGCCAAUGGAAUGGGAAUAAGCUUUCAUACAGAGCCGCAUAUCCUCGCUGGCACAGUGAGCCCCACUAUUGGACGCAGAAACAUCACCCUGCCGAUGGAGAACGGACUCAACUCCAUUGAGUGGCGCUUAAGAAAGGAGCAAACUAAAGGCAAAGUCACCGUCUUUGGCAGGAAACUGAGGGCACAUGGAAGAAACUUACUCUCCAUUGACUUUGACCGAAAUACUCACACUGAAAAAAUAUAUGAUGACCAUCGAAAAUUUACCCUAAGAAUCGUCUACGAUCUGCAAGGGCGUCCAUCCCUCUGGCUUCCUAGCAGUGGACUGGCUCCCGUAAACGUGUCCUACUCCCCCAGUGGCCAGCUUGUCGGACUUCAACGGGGUGCAAUGAACGAAAGAACCGAGUAUGAUGGGAAGGGGAGGAUUGCUUCACGAGUGUUUGUGGAUGGUAAAACAUGGAGCUACACUUACCUUGAGCGGUCUAUGGUGCUACUUCUGCAGAGCCAGCGCCAGUACAUCUUUGAGUUUGACACCUCGGACUGGAUUAACGCUGUCACCAUGCCAAGUGUGGCCCGUCACACCAUGACUACUCAUACAUCAGUUGGUUAUAUCAGAAAUAUAUACAAUCCUCCAGAAAGCAAUGCAUCCGUCAUAUAUGACUUUACCGAAGAUGGAAAACUUCUGGACACUUUGUUUCUAGGAACUGGUCGCAAAGUGUUCUACAAGUACGGAAAGCUUUCAAAGUUGUCAGAGGUUGUUUACGAUGGCACUGCUGUCACCUUUGGCUAUGAUGAAACCACAGGAGUCCUCAAAAUGGUCAACUUACAGAGCGGGGGUUUUUCGUGCACAAUCCGCUACCGAAAAAUCGGCCCCUUGAUCGACAAGCAGAUCUACAGAUUCUCCGAAGAAGGCAUGGUCAAUGCCAGAUUUGACUACACUUACCACGACAACAGCUUUCGUAUCGCUAGCAUGAAACCUGUGAUCAGUGAGACUCCUCUCCCCGUGGAUCUUUAUCGUUACGAUGAGAUCUCUGGCAAGGUGGAACAUUUUGGGAAAUUCGGGGUUAUCUACUACGAUAUUAAUCAAAUCAUUACCACUGCAGUCAUGACUCUUAGUAAACAUUUUGACACCCAUGGGCGCAUCAAGGAAGUACAGUAUGAAAUAUUUCGUUCCCUGAUGUACUGGAUGACUGUUCAGUAUGAUAAUAUGGGAAGAGUAACCAAAAGGGAGCUUAAACUUGGUCCUUAUUCCAAUACAACAAAAUAUACCUACGAAUAUGAUGGGGACGGGCAGUUAAACGCAGUUAAAGUAAAUGACUGGCCGACAUGGCGCUAUAGCUACGAUUUGAAUGGAAACUUACAUCUCCUAAACCCUGGCAAUAGUGCUCGUCUGAUGCCGCUACGUUAUGAUCUGCGAGACCGGAUCACACGCCUCGGAGAUGUGCAGUAUAAGCUCGAUGAGGAUGGCAUCCUAAGCCAGCGUGGCUCUGAUGUUUUUGAGUACAACUCCAAAGGUCUGCUGGUUCGGGCCUACAGCAAAGUCAGUGGCUGGAACGUCCAGUACCAUUAUGAUGGCUUAGGCCGGAGAGUAUCCAGCAAGACCAAUCUAGGACAACACCUUCAGUUUUUUUAUGCUGAUCUCAACAACCCAGCCAGGGUGACCCAUGUGUACAAUCACUCCAGCUCAGAAAUCACAUCUCUGUAUUAUGACCUGCAAGGCCACUUGUUUGCAAUGGAGAUCAGCAGCGGAGAGGAGUACUACAUUGCUUCAGACAAUACGGGAACGCCUCUGGCUGUUUUUAGUAGUAAUGGCCUGAUGAUCAAGCAGCUCCAGUACACUGCCUAUGGAGAGAUAUACCAGGACUCUAACCCCGAUUUCCAGCUAGUCAUUGGCUUUCACGGUGGCCUUUACGAUGCUCUUACCAAAUUAGUGCACUUCAUGCAGAGAGAUUACGAUGUCCUGGCCGGUCGCUGGACAGCUCCAGAUCAUACACUGUGGAAAAAGAUCAGCAAAGACCCAGCACCCUUUAAUUUGUACAUGUUUAAGAACAAUAACCCACUCAGUGACACUUUGGACUUGAAGAACUACGUCACAGAUGUUAAGAGCUGGCUUGUAAUGUUUGGAUUUCAGUUAAGUAACAUCAUUCCUGGAUUUCCAAAGCACACCUUCUACUUCGUUGAGCCCCCUUAUGAGCUGUUAAUGAGCCAGGACUGUGAAAAUGGACAGCUCAUCACUGGUGUUCAACAAGCAGCUGAAAGACAUAACCAGGCCUUCAUGGCGCUUGAAGGGAGACAGCUGAACAAGGACAAGAGACCAGGGAAGAAGGACAAACCAGGCCGAUGGUUUGGCAUCUCUAAAGCAAUCAUUGGAAAGGGCAUGAUGUUUGCUAUUAAAGAUGGAAGAGUCAUCGCAGGGGUCACCAGUGCUGCUGGUGAGGACAACAGGAAAUUAGCUACGGUUCUGAACAAUGCCUAUUAUUUGGAAGGAGCUCACUAUACCGUCGACGGGAAGGACGGCCACUACUUUGUGAAAAUCGGUUCCGCGGACAGUGACCUUGUAGCCCUGGAAAUGACAAGCGGACGCAAGGUGCUAGAGAGCGGCAUUAACAUCACAGUCACCCAGCAGUCCCUCCUGGUUGGAAGUAGAACUCGUAGGUUUACAAAUAUUGAAAUCGAGUCAACCACCUUGUCAUUUAACAUCCGCUACGGCCUGACGUUGGAAACGCUGGACGAGGAGAGGAGCCGGGUGUUGGAUCAGGCUCGGACAAGAGCGUUAAAUGCGGCUUGGCUGAAGGAGCAGCAGAAGGCCCGUGACGGCAAAGAGGGCAGCCGACUGUGGACUGAAGGAGAAAAGCAGCAGCUCUUAAACGCGGGGAGAGUCCAGGGAUACGACGGCUACUACGUGUUACCCAUCGAGCAGUACCCAGAACUGGCAGACUGCAGCAGCAAUAUCCAGUUCCUACGACAAAAUGAAAUGGGAAAGAGGUAACAGAUUCAACUGCGGUGGGCCAGUUCAAGAAUGGGCCCGGAACAGAAUCCAAGGACUUUUCAUAUUAGUGUCUCCUCUCCUAAGGAGAUGAAAAGAAAUGCUAGUGGGGUAUGAAGCGGAGACUCAAAAGACUUAAUAAAGGAACUCUAAAGAACAAAAAAAACGGCUAUUUAGGAACUCUCCUGCCACGUACGGCAAAACAAAAUAAAAUAUAUACAUAUAUCUUUAGAAAAGCACUGAGACUUGGAAAACGAUAAAAGCAGUUGCAAAAAGCGUACCCCCUUUUUACGAAACGUUGCCCAUAUUUUUGGGGUUCCUGAAAAACAAAAAGAUGUCUUCAUCGAAUGUUUUAAGUGAGAGACGCUAAUGCUGCCGGGAGAAUUCACGGAUGGCUGCUUUCACUGGAAUGGAUUCCAUGUCUUGAGCUAACUUUAAACUUGCCAACUUGAUUAUGCUUACAGCUGGAAAGAGCACUGGCAAAGAGCUUGGAAGGUUUUAAGAGAAAUAAAUAAAAAAUAAAAAAAAUAACACAUACACGUCGUCUCAGGCCUUCAAGUCGUGAAACGAAAAGCUGAACUUCGGAGUCAGUUUCACAUGAACACCAAUGGCAAAUCUGAAAAAUUCCAAAAACAAAAAAAAAGACGCGGUGGCUAUAAUUUUCCUAGAUGUCAUCCAUUGCUUUAAUUUACUUUCUAAAUAUUUUUUAAGAGCAUUGUGUCCGAUCCGGCAUCUCUCCAGGGUGUCAGUUACGCGUAAGUAUGAAUGGCAGUAGAAGCGAGUGGCACUGUUACAAAGUGGGCAUCACUGUACACUCAAAUCAGGAAUCGCAGUCACAAAGCCGACAACGGGAAAGUGAACGAUCUUUAUGAAGUCAUUUGUUUAUUUAUUUAUUUGCUUAUUUAUUUUUUAAUUUUUCUUGUAAUCUAUGACAAUCAUUCAGCAGUCACCAGAACAAAAAAAAAAGAGAAAUCUUUGGUGCAGAGACGUUUUUUUUUCCUUUGUAAUAUAUGUAAGAAUUGUUCAUUAAGGUUUUUAUAUUAAUUUUAAUUUGUUGAUCAGCAAAUUAUAGUCACAGACAGAAUAAUUUAUGUAAAGUGUUUUAAAAUUGUUUAUACUUAAAAAUAAAGUCUUUAAAACUGUGAACGUUUAAUUUUAUAAAUGAAUCUAUAUGUACAGUACGUAGACCAGCCUUUAUGCAGCACGGUAAAAUACUGUUGAAAUUAUAACACGUUUUAUAUUUCUAAAAAAUUGAAAUAAAAAAAAAAUAGAGAGUUCAAUAUUAAACGUUCUCUGGAAAAGACCAGCUGGUGUGUAGCAGGUGGUUUUCAGAAUUAUGAAAUCAUUUUAUUUUUAAGAUAAAUCAUGAACAUUUUACCGUCCUUUUGAGAAAAGUAUGAGAAUUAUUUAAACCGUGAAUAAAUAAUAUCGCCGAGGAAAACACUAGUGAGAAAAGCGGAACCCGUGAACGCGCUUACGGAACGCGCGCUGAAAUCCGUGAACGCGCUUCUGUGAACAGCUUGACGUUAAAAGUUCCAUUUUGCUUAUGUCUCUUACGAGGAGAUUGCUUGUGUGAAAGAUAACUUCGAAAUAUCCAGUCCAGUACGUUCUUUCCGUAUGUAUCAGAAUAAAAUCCACAAGCCUGCAUUUCGAGAGAUCGCGUUGGGAUUUCCUCCUGCGUGGUCCUCAAUGGGGCUCAUUUCAAUGUGUAUUUUCCUGUAGUGCUGGAAGACUUGUCAGUAUUUGGGGGUUGGGGGGGGGAAAGAAUCGAAAUGUUGAUGAAUACGUUUUCAGUGUUUAUGACAACAAAAUGAUCUUUAGAAGUUUGGCGUGCUCAUCUCGUUUUGUUCUUAUUUUGUUCUGCUUUCAAAUGACCGUGCCUUCUUUAAGAAAUCGUUGAGCACCAGAGGGCGCACUAUCCUAAUCGUAACUGACAGUGAAAUUGCCACAGACCCACAACCCCCUGCGCUAAUGCGAAACGACUAGAAGCAGUGACGACGGUGAUGCCCAAGGUACACAAGGUGGGGUGGGGGCACAACAUUACUGUGGGCAACGAUGGUCAGAUGGGCGCGGAUCUGCCGUCGCAAGCCUGUCGUGGAUGAGCCUAGUUAGCAAUAUCUCUUUGCUGGAGUUUGUCUGUAGAUGGUGACGCUUUACUUUGACUGCUUUUUCUUUUCAUUUUUAUAGAUGAUUGUCUAAGUGAAACGUAGGGCCACGUUUUUUAAAUUUUUUUGUGAAUGCUGUAUAUUUUAGACCUGGGAUUGUGUUAUGAAGAAAAGCCUGAAUUUUAUGAUUAAUGGAAACCAAUGCUGCAAAAAAAAAAAAAAAAAACAAACCUUUGGACUUAGUGUUCCGUCUGAACGUCUGCUUGUUUUAAUGUAUUUAUUUCUAAUCCAAACUAAAUUACCUUACGAAAACCCUCUCGAAGCCCCCCGGCGUCGAGAACUUGCUACAGAGACCCUUUUCUCAUUCUAUAUUUGCAGCGGGUAGCAGGUGGCAUUUCAAACAAAGGAGCUUUAUUCCAGAAAAUUCCAACAUGAUCAUCACCAAAGCGUUUUGUAUUACUAGUCUACUUUAAAGUGCAAAGUAGUAAUAAAAAUUCAUAAAAAACUAUGAAUGAACUAGGCUCUGUUGAGAACAUUUUUUGUUACGUCAUAGCUGUCAUCAUUACUAUUGCUUAAUACUUUCUAAGCGAGAAUUGUUUUAGAGUUGUGUGCAGGCCCUUUUGGAUGCCUGAAGUAUAUUGAUUAGAUCUGUGCUUACCAAAACCUCAUCAAUGUGUUCUUACUUUUAAACUCAUACGGGAAAAUAAACAAAGAAGCUAUUUCAGUUUAUGUCCAUGAAUUGUGACGCAUACCAUUGUAUCUACGAGUACACUGUAACACCACUUAGUGGGCUUCAACAACGGUAAUGCUGCCGUGAGAAAGACGAACAAACCCACAUACCACCAUUCCAGCGGCCAUUACGCUACAUGUCGACCUUUUUGCGUUCUUCUUGUUUUCUUGAUGUAUGAUAUUUUCGGUGCAUUCAGCGGUCAUUCACGUGCUGACGGCACAGUACUGUGUAUAUAAUCUCGAGUCGGUAGACGCCUCUGUGUUACGAUGCUAAGCCUUUCGCUUCUCAGACAGCUUUUAGCCGCUGCACCUCUUCACCGCGCAGCAGCCGCAGUUUCAUUUACUAGCUCAGUUCCAGUUUAGACUCUUUGUGCGGUUAAUUCCAUUUAUUGUUUACAGUAUUGUAACCUUUUGGAUUUCAGAAAAAAAAACACGUAAAAGCACUUGUACAAUGAACUCUCUUUGUAUUUUUUUUAUUAUUUAAUGUAUAGUACAGUACUUUAAUAAAAAAUACAAUGCAUUA